AUGACGAUGACCAAUCGACCACAUGAGCCAUACAUUCCGAUCGGGUGUCUACGCUAUCCUCUGGAACAGCGUGAUGAGUUAUCGCGGCAGUUUGAGGAGCUGUCCAGCGACAGUGACGACGUAACAUACGGCGUGACCCGAGUGUACCUUCUGGCCGACGACGCUGAGAAUGGCCGGAUCAGUCGCUCCAAUCAAGCCUUGAGACGCAAGAAGCUAGACCUACUCGCCAGGCUCGACUUCUCCCCGGCCACAUGGAAGGGCCUCUCCUCGCACGAUGAGACGAGCCUCUACCCACCGUUCGCCCCUCGUGCGCAGGCGGAAGCCGCCAGCGUGGAAGGCGACAUGUCCCUUCUCAAGAUGUUCAACACGAUCCCCUCGCCUCGGCCAGACGUCCAGUCGAUACAGGAUGACCUUGCCCGAGCUGUCAUGUCCGAUCUCCUGGCCAGCACUGUGGAUGGCCUUCUCACUGAAAUGUAUCCCUAUCAGUGUCGUUCAGCCGCAUUGAUGCAUCAGAGAGAGGUUGAGCCUGGUCAGACUCUUGACCCUCGACUUGUUGAGGUUCUGGAUCAGCAUGAUACAUCGUUCUACUACAACGCCGUCACUGGUGAUGUUCUCAGGGAGCCCAAGUACUAUGAAGCGGUUCGUGGUGGUAUCCUGGCCGAGCAGAUGGGCGCUGGAAAAACACUGAUCUGUCUGGCUCUCAUUGUCGCGACGAGAAACCAGCCCGCGGCUGUACCUGACCUCUACCAGGGAAACAAUAUCACCACCCGCCCUCGAGUAGGUUCAUUGCUAGAUAUGGCGGCUGCGGUAGCCACCAAGCAUGCCUGUCCGUGGAAGAGCUACAUUGAUCAACGGCAGACGAACUGCAUCAGAGCGAUUAUGAGGAACCCCGGUUGGUACUAUCUACCACGGCCAGAGUCGAGAAGGGUGUCUCGGGAACCCAAGAAGAACGCGGAGCCUUUCAAGAUUUACCUGAGCCAUGCUACUCUCAUUAUUGUCCCAACAAACCUCCUCGAGCAGUGGGUACAGGAGAUCUCCAAGCACACGCGAGGUCUCGAUGUUUGCAUCAUGAAAACGAAGUCCAUGCCAAGCAUCCCCAGCGUUGAAGCUCUCCGUCGCUGCGACAUCCUUCUCUUCUCGGUGCAGUGUUUUCAGAAGGUGUGGGAGGUUUCCCGGCGUCCAGAGCUAGAUGGAUCGUGGACUUUCGAUUGUUCGCUUGGCCUCGUCCAUUUCAAGCGCUGUAUCGUUGAUGAGGGCCACAUGUUCGGGAAUGUCAAGCUCGGCGGCUCAAAGACGGGUCUGCUCCAAGCUCUUGAUUCUCUGAAUAUCAGCUCUCGCUGGAUUGUGACAGGUACCCCGUCAAAGGGCCUGUUUGGGAUGGAAGAGGGGACUGGCAGCGAUACGAGGCUCUCGGCGUCGUCGGCCAAACAGGAGCGAAGAGAUAUUGAACGAAUCGGAUCGAUCGCCACGUUCUACCUAAAGGCUCGGCCAUGGUCCAACGCGCCUCACGAACACGGGGAUACGCCUGCUAGGUGGGAUGCCUACAUGAUGCCGGUCAAGUCAGCCUCCACCAGCAGUGUGUCGAGGAUCUGCCUUCGAUCCACCUUCAACUCCUUGAUCAUCCGACAUCAGCUUUCCGAGGUCGUUCAUAUACUGCCGGACGUCGACGCCAGAAUCGUGAAGUUGGAAGGGUCUUAUCAGGACAAGCUAUCUGUCAACCUCUUCUCCAUGAUGAUCAUCUUCAAUGCCGUCCAGUCCCAGCGAACCGAUCAGGAUUACUUUUUUCACGCGCAGAAUCGCAAGAGUCUGCUCCAGUUGGUGCACAACCUGCGCCAAGCCAGCUUUUUUGGAGGCUCGUUUUUCUCCGUGGAAGAAAUAAAAAAGGCUCUGCAGACGGCCAAAGAAUUCCUUGACAAGGAAGAUGUAAUGGUCAGCGAGGCCGAUCGGGAGUUGCUGCGGGCAGCGAUCGACUUUGGCACGAUUGCUGCCGAGAACAAAAUCAAACACGUUGCCAACCUUUUCCAUGAGAUGCCCAUCUAUGUUCGUGGGUUCCCUGGAUCGAAUGGGUCUGCGUGGUCGAUGGAUGGAAAUGGCCAUGCGGACCUGGUCUGCACCAAUUGGAAGCUUAUGAUCACAGCACAGAAGCUUCUGCGCCCCUUUUUCGACUCCUCAGAGGAACUAAACACAUAUCUGAACAGCGGCUUAUUCGUGUCAAGAGGAAAUGUCGAACGCGAGCAAGAGAUGCGGCAGGCACAGCCAGCGGGCAAGAGUAAGGUGGACACCACCCUCGCCGGUAACACGAAGCUGGGCGAGGAUCACAUCGGUCCUCGAAAGCGUCACUCGGUGUCUGUCAAGACCAAGAUCGCAGACGACGGCAUCCCGACACCCUCACAAACGCCAGAAGCAAUUGAGAUCGCUGCGCCGCUGGCACGAACCCGACUGGUCUCAACCACUUCCGCCAAGCUCUCUUACCUGGUCGACGCAAUCAUUGCGCACCAAAAGGAGGAACAGAUGAUCGUGUUUUACGAGAACGACAACGUGGCAUGGUACCUGGCCGGCAUCCUCGAGAUGUUGCAGGUCCAUCACCUUAUCUAUGCCAAAGGCAUCACGGCGGAGAGACGCGCACAGUAUGUGUCUACAUUCAACCACAGCACCAAAUUUCGUGUGCUUCUCAUGGACAUUUCUCAGGCCGCAUUUGGCCUUGAUAUGCGCUCCGCCAGCCGUGUGUAUUUUAUCAGCCCCGUGCUGAAUCCCCAGGUCGAGGCGCAGGCUAUCGGGCGUGCUCGUCGCAUCAGCCAGCAGAAGCGUGUCACGGUCGAGACGCUUGUGUUGCGGGACAGCCUAGAGGAGGUGAUUGUCGAGCGCAAGGGAAACAUGACGCAGGCUGAGCACAGAAACCUGAAGACUAUUCUGGACGAUCGGCCGAUCUAUGAGUGGAUUCUGAAUGCCAAAAUCUAUCCCCUACCGGAUGUUCUUGUGGAAGACGGCCCGGCGCAGAUGGCGCCACUGAAGACUCCGCAGUACAUUUUUGGUCGAGAGUUUGGACGAGAGCAGUCGAAUCCGGACGAAGACAUCCUGCUCGAGGAUCCGCGUGGAAAUGAGCACUAUGUGGACUCAUACGAGGGUGAAGUCAAAAUUCGGUCUUGUGCCAAGGGUACGCCUUCAGUCCCCCAGGAGCAGGACGAACUCACCUGUGCCGAGUCCACAGCUGCAACCUGGGAAGAGGGCUCGCUUUGCAGCGGAUGA